AUGGUACCUACUGAAUUUUUAGUACAUAAUGUUCAUAAUUUACUACAUUUAUGUGAUGAUGCUAGAACAUUUGGGACAUUGGACUCUUUUAUUAAUUUUGGAUUUGAAAACUAUUUACUAAAACUAAAAAAACUUGUUAGAAAACCUAAUAAUAUUUUAUCACAAAUUAUGCGACGUCUAUCUGAAAUAAGUAAUGCAGAAACAUCACCAGUUAACAAUGAAAAUAAUGAACUUAGCUAUACAUUGUGGAAAGAACAUAAUAAUGGUAUUUUAAUAGAUGAUUGUAUUUCACCCCAAUAUCAAGAAAUUAAUUUUCCUAACUAUAAACUUGAUCUUACUAAAAGAAAUUGUUGUUGCAAACUCAAAUGUGGCGCAUUUGUUGAAAUAUCUAACUUUGCGUAUAGUCCUCUAUCAAAAGAAACCAUGGUUAUUGGAAAACAAUAUUCAACAAUUGAAAAUUUCUUUAAUACGCCUUGUGAUUCUUCUGUAGUCAAUGUACAUAUUGUCUAA